CGCACUCGGGACGGACAAUGUAAUGAUUACAAACAGUUAAACAAAUCGCCAAAUGUCGUGAUGUGUCGUCUCCAUGGAGGCAGGUCGCGAGCGUUACCGUGACGACAGUCGCCUGCCAUCGCUGAGUCUCGGUCUGACCAGCGUUCGACUCAUUGUCAACCAGUUGGAGGCUGAAUACGCUCGUGCCAGUAACAAAAUUGAAGAAACCGGCACCGAAAUCGUCAAAUACGAUCCAAGCGUCGAUGAAGGCUACAUCGAUUAUGAUGACUCUCUUCUCGGACAUCCGAGAGGACGAGUCUGGCGUCGUAUCGCAAUGAAUACAGGAAUCGCCCUGUGCAAAUGUGUACCAAGUGUUAGCUUUGGCAACUUUGGAGUGCUAGCCGUGACUACUGGACUUAUCGCUCCGAGAAUGAUCUCUUAUUUGGUCCUGUAUCCGUUUUGCAGAUUGGUAUUCGGGACCCUCUACCCGGCUUACGCAUCAUACAAAGCUGUACGGACGAAGAACUUGAAAGAAUACGUAAAAUGGAUGAUGUACUGGAUCGUAUUCGCGCUGUUCACAUGCACGGAGACAUUCACAGACGUGUUUCUGUCAUGGUUCCCCUUCUACUACGAGGUGAAGAUCGUGCUGGUGCUGUGGCUCCUUUCGCCGGCCACCAAGGGUUCGUCCAUACUGUACAGGAAGUUUGUACACCCAGCGUUGUGCAGGAGGGAACAGGAAAUAGAUGAGUACAUAGCGAAGGCCAAGGACCAGGGCUACCACACCGUGCUAAAUUUGGGCACAAAAGGCGUCAACUAUGCCACCACCGUCAUUAUGCAGACCGCCAUUAAGGGCGGCGGCGGUCUGGUGCAACAACUGCGCAAGAGUUACAGUUUGUCCGACCUGACGGAGUGCGAGCCUCGCGAGGAGCGCGGGGACGAGGCAGACGACGUGCUGGGGGAGACGCGGCUGCUGCGGAGACCGGCCAAGAGUGGUCCGCGACGCAGCGCAUCAGAAUCCAACAGUCGUUCGCCGAUGUACUUCCCUGAGGUGGAUGUGGACGUGAGAACCAACAGGUCCAGCAGGACUGAUGAGCCAGACCUCAGCCACAUAAGAUCCAGCGAGGACAUAAGCUCGGGCUACUCGAGCGCAGACAACUCGGCGUCGCUGACGCGCGCGGGCUCAAGCGGCGCCCGCGCGCGCGCGCGCUCCUCGCGCACGACGGUCACGGCCAUCAAGAGGCCGCAAGCCGCCGAGGAUGACGAAGUUAUCAUCGAGGAGCCACACGACGACGAUACUUUUGAAUAUGCGAAUAUGCCCCCUCUUGUUAAUAUUCCUUCCCCUCUAUUCCUGUCACACUCGGAUCCCCCAUUCUUGUACCAGUAUGUCGGGGAUCAAAUUAAAAUUAUCCAAGUGCUAGGUGACUUACCUAUUGGUCUGAAUUCUAACAAGAACACUACCGAUACAGAUCAGUGGGAGCAAAUUGACGCGGCGCCUAAAACAACGACACAGCGAGAUUCCAUAGAAAAGGAAAAUAUUAAGCUUAAUAAUGUACAGAAAGAGACAAAGCAAGACGUUGAAAUCAUAGAAGCAACUGUUCUUCAAACAGAAGAUAUAAAUAGUAUUUCAAGUACAGUCGACAUCAAAGUUCCUGAAGAUUCAUUCAUAGAAACUCAUAAAGACAUUAAAAUUCAAGAUGAUGGAAAAAUCGUGAAAGAUACAGUUACAUUGCCAGAUGCACAGAAACAUGUCAAAACUCUAGACGAUGAAAAGGCUCUGGAAGAUAUUAAAACUUUAGAAAUCGAUAAAGAAACGAAAAAAGAUUUUUCCUCUGUAAAAACUGAGCGGUCCGAGAUGCCCUAUAAUAAAGUAGAAGAAUCAAUAGAAACUACUAGUCUGGAAACUUCAAUAAAUGAAAAUGAUUCUGCGGAAAGUGAUGAUGAAGCUUCAUUUGGAACACCAGAUAAUUCUCCUAAGAGCAAGAGAAAAGCUAACAAAGGUAAAUAUGGCAAGGCCAAGGCGCCCCCUCCACCCAAAAUAGAGAAACACGAUGUAGGUAAUGACCAUAUUAAUAACAUACAAGAUAGCGCAAUUAGUACAACGUCACAAGAAAGUUUGACUGAUAUUAUAAACAGGCUUCCUGAUAAUGCAUUACAAGAAUCUACGAUGUCUAAAAGUUUGCAGGUAGUCAAUCCAAUUGCAGAAAAGAAAUGGCGUCAUAAAGCAAAAUCACCCGUUAGGAUACCGAAACCACAAAAUUCCAGUAUCGGAAAACUGUUACAAUUACCAAGUAAAUUGGCUUUCUGGCAGAAAUCUGAUGACAGUAGAAAGAUCGAUGCCAUUUCAACAUCUUCUGAAGAUCACAGCAGAAGAUCUUCCACUAUUGAGCAACCAGCUAAUGAUGAAUUUCAAAGUUGCGCUGAACUUAACAAAAUUAUAAGUAAGGUAGACUAUAUUGAAGAUGAUCAAAUAAGUUUCAAAGAUGCGGCUGAUUUCGAUAGCGAAACAAUAUCGCACGACAUAAUCGAAAAGAGUGACGCUUUACAAAAACUGAUUGAAGCAAAAUUAGAAAGUCAUCCUGAAUAUAAAUUUGUCCCGUUGCAUGAGGACAUACCAACUACGUCAAAAAGCACAGAUGUUUGAAGCCUCCCUAUUGUCCCGAGUCCAAUUUUCAUUGAAAGCGGAAGGCGUAAUAGUAUGUUUUUUUAUUAUGCGUGCUCUCUUUGGUAUUUCCAUGUGUUCGCAUAUUCAUACUAAACUAUUUAUUAUUCUCUAACUCUAUCUUAUUAUUACAUCUAACAUUUUGUGUCUUAACAUUUUCCACAAACCAAAUGUUUUCUGUUUGUAUUUCUAUACUACUACUAUUGAUUUUUUGUUUUUAUUUAUGUAGUGUGCUGUAUUAUGUAUUUUAUUAUGAAUGAAUUUUACACUAGAUUAAUAAAUUAUUCUAAUCACUAAUAAGAUAACUAAUAUUAUGUAGAUAUAGUGUAGUAAUACUUGACAGUCAUAUUACACUCACUGUAAUUACACUGACUACUGUAACUUAUAUUAUAUAGCAUGUAAAUUAUAUUUGCGUAAAAAGUACUUCGGUAGGUAAGUACUUUUUACGAAAAUAUAAUUUACAUGCUCGCAUAAAAUUGGCAACUAUUUAUAGGAACAAAAUUUUAAAUUCUUACAAUUUUUGCUCCCGUAGACACACAGGUGCUUAUGCUUUUUUAAAUUAGUUCAAUUUUUUAUAUUUUAUUUUCAGGCAAUGCUGUCGGCAUCUGCUACAAUACCUCGCGCAAAAAAAACGAAUAAAAGGAAAACGCAAUAAAAAGAAACUGAAUAAGUAUAUAUUCAAUACCUAUCCAUUCCAAGCUAGAUUGCUGAAGUUUUUUUUGCUCUCUAAAAUAUACUUAUGUAUGGGCUGUUUAUUUCGAUAACACGUUUUUUUUAUCAGAAGAGUUAUUACGAAAAAUCUUUCCUUAAAUAUCUUCCAUUUAGUAAAAAAAUAUAAUCUUCAAUAUGAUUUCAUAAUUUUAUUUGCGACAAAAUAGUUUAGUAAUGUAUGUUCCUAUUAAAUGCACAAAACAUUGAUUCAAUUCCAUUACCUGUUGUCUUAUUUCAAGGUUUUGUUUCAUUUUUAGAAAACUAUAAUUUUUGUUUUUUAUAAUCUAGAAGAAUCUUGUAUUCAUUGGGUAUUAUAAUUUGAGCCAAAAUUUGCCAAAACUAUGACACUACUCAAUAUUAGUUGAAAUAUUUUUAAUGCUAGGUAGUUGUAUUUAUUAGAACUUAGUUUGAAGAAAAAACUAGUCCCUAAUAUAAAUAGGUGUAUGUAUUACAGCUUCAUUGAGGCUUCAUAUCGAAUUUGUAAGAAUGGAAUGUCUGAUUAUAAUAUUAGAAUGUAAUCUUGUUAAAUGAUUUGUAAAUAGCGCACAUAUUGGUCAUACACACAAUGGAAUAAUAAAUAAUGCAAUGCAUGUGCAUGUUGUAUUCGAUCAUUCUGUUUUAAAUAAUUAAUUCAUUGAAUAAUAUUGUUUUGUGAAAAAAUAUAGUUCAACAGGUACAUAUACUCUUCAGUUCUACGUAUUCCAUAAUUACAAAACAUUGCUCAUGCUCGAAAGAUAUAUUUAAACAAUAUGAUAAAGUUGUUAGAGAAUUUUGCGGUAGAAUUUGUAUUGUAGCUUAUAUGCUGCUAAAAUCUAACUGUUCAUAUUAUGGAGUUAAAUUAUUGCAAUGCAAGUAGACAUUCAAUUGUGAUAACGUUACCAAAUCUCCAAAAUAUAGUAAUAAAUAAUAAUAAUGUACCAAUAGACGGCAGCUGAGAUGUUGAUAUGUAUAUCGAUGUUGAUAUUUGGGAUACACGGUUAGAUAAAAUCUCCUUCGUGUCGCCUGGUUCCUCAAAUUUGAAGUUACGUUCCUCUAAAUUUUAUUGUUGUGAGAUCUAUAAUAUGCUAUUCAUUGGGUUUGUUUCAGUUGAUCAUUAAUGAGUUGAUCCAAUUGUUUUAAUUGUAUGUAAUGUGGAUGUGAGUCCGUUUUGUACUGAUUUGAAGUUACCUUUUGUGUUACCUAUUGUAUUUCAUACAUUUUAUUACUUGGGUUACAUGUUUGUCUAAGCAUUCCGUCACGAGAUCCUAUAAACACACAAACACCUAUGAUCCUAUGACAAUGUAAAAUAAAAUUUUACCUACUUUGUGUAGACACCUGAAUCAAUUAAUUUCUAGGGUGUCCUCAUGUGCUCUUUUCCAAUGGCAGUAGAUCAGAGAAGUUUAUAACAUAUCGUGACGGGGACCUUAUUUGUGUUCGAGUUUAUUUAAAUAAAUGACAAUUUGAAUAAAA